UCAUGCUGCUGCGCAAGUCCAGAGUCUGUCAUCGGGUCCACUGUACGGCCUCCCCCAUUGAUGCUGUCUCCAUCGCCACACUCUGCCAUGUGCCACUUUCAGGUCUCCUCACACUGCUGGUGUGUUCCAUUUUUUGUCAUAGGGUGCUGGCAGAUUACGGGCCUCCCAUAGCUGCUGCCAGGCCCCUAAUCUGCCAUGGGCCCCUAUACCGCCUCCUCAUGCUGCUGCCAAUUCCAGAGUCUCUCAUGGGUCCCUGUACAGCCUCCCAUUGCUGCUGUCUCCAUCGCCACACUCUGCCAUGUGCCACUUUCAGGUCUCCUCACACUGCUGGUGUGUUCCAUUUUUUG